AUGGAUCCGCAAAGUGUGGCCUUUGUCCCGCACAGCGACUCCUGGCGCCUGUGCAACGACUUGCUGCGUCUGCAGCAGGUCCAGCAAGACCACACCGACCGUCUUCUACGUCUUGAACGUCGUCAGGACGACGACGCCAGGAUGAAGUCGGUCUGGGGCGCCACCUCUCCCUUCCCUAGCGUCUUGAGUGGUACUCCUCAGCAGACUCCCAUCCACCACCUCAAGGACUUUGAUGAUGAACCUGUCAACCUGAUUGGUAGCCUCCAUCUGGACCCGGACGAAGAGCCUCGUCGCACUGGUGCAACCUCUCGUGCCAACAGCGUCCGCUUUGAUGAAUCUGCCAACCAAGGACAUUGGGCCCAUGCCUCACGAUCCUCGAUCGAUUUCCUUCCUCGCAGCGCAAGCAGCUUGGCCGGGCUCGGCAUGACCGAACGAACUUCGUCUCACAAAUCUGACGGCCGUGCCAGCUCGGUACAUUCAGUCAGGUCCGCUGCCUCGGGUCGUGCCAGUAGCAUCAACCUAGACACUGGUUAUGCCUCACCUGUAGACACACCAGUCAUCGCUCCUGGACUACUGAUCCUGGGCCCUGCGCCGGCCAUUGUACGUUGUUGGAUAAACAGAAACUUCAAGCAUGACGCUUUGCUAUAUGCCGCUGUGUCCACUGCCUCUUACAGGUCUCAGAUUGACGAACGUCUGGUCCAGCAUCUUGGACUGGACGAUUGCAUAGUGGAAAGCGCUUCGGGUGCGAGGUCGCUCGCGCUGUCUGUCUACUUUGCCGAGGCCAUUCCCCAUCCCAUCUCAACAAGAUCAAGUAGUCCAGCGCCACAGGUACCCUCAGUCACAGUUGACUUCAACAUAGUCGUCUCGGCGCAACCAGAUGUUGACUCCAAAGCUAUUCAAAUUGUCAUUGGCAGCGAUGUGCUUCGAUCACAUAAUGCUGACAUUUUGUUUUCAUCCAACAGCAUGACUCUCCUUGACGACGAUCAAUGCAAGUUAUCCAUUCCUCUGGUUCGCCCUGAGAAUGAGAGCACCUUCAACUCGUUGUUCAUUUCUUCAUCACAGCCAACGAAGCCCCAAGAGAUGAUGCCAGAAGCACAGUCUCAACUCAACGGUCUUGGUCAAACAGAACCAAACACCCCGUCAAAUGAAUUGAUGUCCGACGAUGAGCCUCUACAGCCGAUCAUCGACACCAUUGAGAGACCGACUGAGAAACCGAUGCCCGAAGAAGACGUCAGCACUGACAGACCACAACCAUCUGCUUCAAAAGUCGUCCGAUUAGAGAUCAAGGACGUGGGUUCUACACAGAGUCCAGCAGCUGUACCGCCGGCUGCAUCGCCCUCUAUAUGGAGCAAUUGGCGUCGUGAAACAUCGAGCCAAAACAAUAAUCCCGAAGCGGGAGGUACUGCAUCCAAGAUCAAGGACAGCUAUCAACGGCGAGAUGCCGGCAUCAAAGUGCUAAGACCAACAAGAAGCAGUGGGCGCACAUUUUCAAGUGGAUCGGUAGCAUCAUCGCCGGCUGGAGAAGGAAGAUCGCGUUACUUUGAUGAUGGGAAGAAGAAGGUCUCAGAUACUGUUGCAGGCGAUGAGAAGCUGACGAGAGAUCAUACCGCUGAGCCAACGGCGUCCUCAAAGAAGCAGAAAGUCGCCCAUUCUGCCACAGACGAUCCGAGACACGCAUACCAUCACUCUGUGCAUGACCCUGACCGCCAGCCUUCAUCGCCGCAAUCUUCGUCCUCGCCUUCAAGCAACACAGCAGGCCAUACGCCUUCGUCGCCGCCGCGCUACAUCCCUCCCCACCUCCACGUCGAUUCAAGAGGUAGCUCUCCCAGCGACGCCUACGCUCAGCUGAACUUGGCCGAAGACAUGUCACACUCAAGCAACCAAGGAGACGCCGAUGCUCCCAUUCCGACCCAACGCCCUGCCUCACCAGCCAAACGAUCUGCUGCCACCAUGGAAGGAAAUGAGUCUGCUCAAGACAACACCACCUCAAGCGCACCGUCAGAUGCCCCUCCUUCAUACGAUGCCCAUCAACAGGAUGCCAGUCCAUCUGUCACACCCAGCAUGGACGACCAGGUUGCGCACAUCAAGUCCCUCCUCAACACACCUCUAGAAGACGGUUCAAAAGGCUAUAUUGUCGCUUCCAAAUGGUUCAAUCGUGUGGUGGCUAGAACGGAAGGCGCAAACAAGAAGGAAUUUGAUGCCGAGUUGUCGCAAGGAGAAAUUGGCAAGAUCGACAACUCUUCUGUAGUUCCUCUUGGCGCAUUCGAAAACCCUCUCACUUUCCCCACCAAGCCCGAUCAGCACUUCGUUCCUCUGCGUGACGACGUAGAGAGACUUAUCGACUAUGAGAUAUUCACUGAGGAAGCAUGGCGUCAGGUCGUCGCAUGGUAUGGCAUAAUGGACGGUCAAAAGCCCAUCAUACGUUUUGCACACAACUCGGCACCCCAGGAGUCAGCAUCUGUUCAUAUUGUAUAUGAGCUCAGCCCACCAGUCUUCACUAUUCGCAAAGUACCAAGUACCCAGCAAACUGCUCAAAAUGAUGCUGCUGCCGUCAAAGUGGUUGCCUCGCGUACUGAGCGCUUUCAAAGCUUCCUCGCUCGCGCGAAGGAAGCUGCUGGCAUUCCUUUGCAACACAAAGUUAAGAUUUUCCGACAGUUGGAUCCUACAAAGGUCUCUGGAGACAUGCCCGAUAUUGCUCAACAGGGCAUUCUGAGCCCCCCAACUUCGAGAAAUCCUUCGCCAACCCCGUCCAAUUCCAAACUCGUUAUUGAAGUCUCGGCUUUCGCCAAAUGGACAGAAGGCACCAACUUCGAGUCUGUUGAUGGCCAGGAUCAUACUGCGAACGAAAAGUACAACGGAAGACUGGAUCUGGAGACACUAGGCUUGACUUCGAAUCAGAUUCUCAUCCUUGAGGAGCAGCAACGAGGGGCCGAGUUUGCUUCGGACGUGGCUAAGAAAGGGAAGAAAAACAAUUCCCAGCUGUCUCAAACAGAAAAUGCCAGUAAACGUACCAUCACAGCCCCUGUUACGCGGGGGCGUGCCCGUAAGGAUGGCAGAAUCCGUGGUACUAUCGGUCUGAUCAAUCUUGGCAAUACGUGUUACAUGAACUCGGCUCUACAAUGCAUAAGUAGAGUCGAGGAGCUGGCCGUCUAUUUCCUCCAUCAAAAGCACAAGCCUGAGAUCAAUGCUGAUAACCCGCUCGGUUACAAUGGCAGAAUUGCAAAUGCAUACGCCAAUUUCCUGGCUGGGCUCUACAGCGAUAACGCCACUUCUGCCUACCGACCCAAUGGCUUCAAGGGUGCUCUUUCAAUGGCACAGCCCAUGUUCUCGGGCUAUGGUCAGCAAGAUUCACAAGAGUUUCUGAGUUUCCUUGUCGAUGCUCUCCACGAAGAUCUUAAUCGUAUUCACAAGAAGCCAUACAUUGAAAACCCGGAUUCGGAUGACAAAACCGUCCACGAUCCGGAGGCCAUAAGACAGCUCGGUGAUACAUACAGGGCGAACCACCAUGCCCGCAACGACUCUAUUGCUAUGGAUCUUUUCAAUGGUUUCUACAAGAACACCAUGGUCUGUCCUGAAUGUGACAAGGUCAGUGUGACUUUCGAUCCCUAUUCUCUACUGACCUUACAACUGCCGAUUGAGAAUACUUGGCAAGCAAAGAUUAUGUUCAUGCCUGUUGUUGGUUACCCUUCCGCUUUCGAGAUUGAUGUUGAGAAGAACAUCUCCGUCAGAGCACUCAAGGAUAUCUUUGUUGGUAAGAUUGGUCGUGGACUUACCCGCGAAAGGCUCAUCUUUGCCGAGAUUUUCAGCCAUCGCUUCUACAAGAUCGGGUACGACAGCCAGACUCUUUCUGAACUCGACUUCUCAAACAAUGAUGUUCUUUGUAUGUAUGAGGUUCCAGAGACCCCAACAAAUGCAGCCUUCAUGCCGAAGAAACAACAAACCUACCGCUCAUACUACCACGAUUCGCCGGUUGAAUCUUUACCAGGAAUGGACUCGCCUCUUGCAGAGACUAUGGCGAUACCAGUCUUCCAUUCCAAGACAGACAAACGUUCAUCAAACCUCGUUCUCAACCCAACUCUGGUCACUAUCACAAGAGAAGAGGCCAGAGACUACGAUGCGAUCUUGAAAAAAGUGCUUACCUCGAUUGCCACAAUGACCACAAAGCGUAUUCUCGACAACGUUUCGAACAAGCAAGACCAAGACGAUACAACAGAGGAUGCUCAGCCUGAUACUGAUGUCUCUAUGCGUGACGGUAGUCAAACACCUUCAGCGCAACUGUCAGAGACAUUGCAAUCUGUCAACGACCCCAGAAACAUGUUUGAGCUCAAGUAUGUCCAAGCCACUGGUGACAUGUUCAUGACCGGAACCAACGGUAUCGGCAAUGGUCAUGCUAUGCAGACCCGUGUCAGAAAUUUCGAACGGCGUAGAGGCAGUACCAGUUCUGUAACUUCGAACACGUCUGGCAGGAGUAAAGACUCUGGUUACGACGGUCAAGGCAGAAGCUCGUCUGACGAUGAUCAGGACGCUGACCCAAUGGUGGAAUCAUUCAAGGCCCAUGGGCAGGGUGGCUUCGCUGGCGAUGUGCAGAGUGACGAAGAGUCAGGCAUGGGUUCCCUUGAACAAUUGUCAGCCAAGGACAACCGCAGACGUAAGUUCAACAAGAAGAAGACGUAUUCGCGUAAAGGCGGUCGCACGCACAAGCAAAAUCGAGCGCGUUCUAACCUACUUCGCUCUACAGCAGCAGACGAACCCACAGACGAUAACGAGUUUUAUGUCAAACUUGGAGAAGGAAUCGUGAUAGAGUGGCAGGCAGACGCCUUUGAGUCCAUGUUCGGUGGUGGCAACGGCAACGGCCAGUUCACAUUCAACGAGAAGGAUGUCCCUCUGGUAGACGAUACCGAGCUCCAAGUGAGGCGAAACAAGCGUAUGCAACGCAAAAAGAACGGCAUUACGCUCGAGGACUGCUUCACCGAGACUGGCAAGACUGAAGUAUUGUCGGAGGACAAUGCAUGGUACUGUGCUAGAUGCAAAGAGCUUCGACGCGCCAGCAAGACAUUGGAGCUCUGGACCGUGCCUGACAUCCUCGUCGUUCACCUCAAGCGCUUUAGCGGCGAACGCUUCAGACGUGACAAGGUAGACGUCCUUGUUGAUUUCCCUAUCGAAGGACUCGAUUUGACUCAGAGAGUCGGUUGCAAGGAAGAAGGCAAAGAGUAUAUCUACGACUUGUUUGCUGUCGAUAACCAUUAUGGUGGUCUUGGUGGUGGGCAUUAUACAGCCUACGCCAAGAACUUCUAUGAUGGUAAUUGGUACGACUAUAAUGAUUCUUCUGUCGGUCGACAAAACGCAGAGAGCGUCGUAUCGACAGCUGCAUACUUGCUCUUCUACCGCCGCCGCUCAGCAACGCCGCUAGGUCCUCCGUACCUGCAAGAAUUGGUUCUCAAGGCACGCAAUCCCGACGAAGCCUCAGAGGCAGAGGAUGAGUCGGGGGAAGGCGAGCGUCUCGGCGACCACUCCUCAGCUACCUCUCGCCUGCUUGGGUCGUCGGACGCUGGAGCAGUCGGAGCAGGAGCCACGAUCACCGGGACGCUUCAUCGGGGAGCCAACGCAGAUGGCCCUGGCAGAGGAGCGAGCCAGGCAGUGAAGUCGAUGAAUGAAACGGAUGACGAUGAGGGUAUUUCUCUCAACGACGAGCUCUACGGUAGCAACACCAAUACGACUGCCGUAGCGCUGGCCAACCCAGAAGCCACUUGGUCAUUUGCAGGCUUGGGAGACAAUGAUAACACCACCUCUGUCAAUACACCUGUCGACUCGGCCUCGGAUCGUCCGGACGUUGGCUCUGAUAUCGAGGACAGAUUGAUGGAUCUGGAUCGUGAGGAGUCUACGCCACCACUGGUGAAUGACGAGACGAUGACCACAGAAGGCCAAGAGCAGUUUGGUGAAGAAUCUCGUGCAGACCGAGACGAGUAG